AUGUCUGCCACCUACUACCGGACCCGGUAUUGGACUGCCGGAAUCCUACACGCCAAGGUUCUCAACGUUGGGAAUGACGAGCCUAAUAAGCUUAACCCUGUAGAGAGUUAUUCUGCAAAUAAUUCGAUUGGCUUAGACAAAGACUUUACUACCGCGGUUGCUCAUAGACCGACAUACAAGACUGAGAUACUCCGAAGCCCGGCUUUUCGGCGAAAUAACAGCACAUGGGUAGUGACCGACGGCUCUCACAUCGGCAUUCGCUCAUCUCGUCUCUAUUGGAUCGCGUGUCUGGGGUUCCAAUCGGUCCGAAACCUGGGGAUCGACUUUAACGGCGAAAUACAUCGCGGAAUUGAUGAGAUGGGAUGGGAAGCGGACAUCCGAUGCUGCAUCUAA